GGCAGCCGGGACAUGGCCCGCCGCCGCACGCCGGGCCGCCACUCCGGUCCCGGGACAGCCCCGGUGUGUGUGCGGGGCAGCCGGGCUGCGGGGCCUUUCCCCGGCACCUGGGCGGACACACGGGCCGAGCCCUCAGCGCCGGGCGGGCAGCGCCGGGGGUUCUGUGGGGAACCCCCAUGGUGAUGAACCGCCCCGGACCGCAGCGCCCCGGCCGGGCCCGGGUGCCGGGAGACGGCCUGGGGCGGGCACGGGGCGCGGGAGGGGCUGCGAGGGACCGACCCGCCGUGAGGGACCGACCCGGCCCGAGGGACCGACCCGCCGUGACGAACCGGCCCGGCCCGAGGGACCGACCCGCCGUGAGGGACCGACCUGCCGUGAGGGACCGACCCGGCCCGAGGGACCGACCCGCCGUGAGGGACCGACCCGCCGUGACGGAUCGACCCGGCCCGAGGGACCGACCCGCCGUGAGGGAUCGACCCGGCCCGAGGGACCGACCCGCCGUGAGGGAUCGACCCGGCCCGAGGGACCGACCCGGCCCGAGGGACCGACCUGCCGUGACGGACCGACCCGCCGUGACGAACCGACCCGCCGUGACGGACCGACCUGCCGUGACGGACCGACCCGGCCCGAGGGACCGACCCGCCGUGACGGACCGACCGCGCGCGGCCCCUCGCUGGAGCUGUCCCGGGCGGACUACACUUCCCGGCGUGCCCCGCGGUGGGCUGGUCACGUGGCCAGUCACGUGGCCGCGCGGUAGGGCGCGGUUCGGUGAAGCGCUCGGUCGGCGCCGCUCGGCCGGGGCCGGAACGGGGCUGUGGGUCCUGCCGGGCACCGACCGGACCGGACCGGACCGGCCGCACCGCGGGAGGGCAGCGCUGUGCCCCGUGCUGCGCGCGUGUCUGCGGGGCCUCCACGCGCGGCAGCGCCAUGGGGCCGUGGGGCCGGUCCCCGCCGCGGGUCCCGGUGCUGCCGCGGGUCCCGGUGCUGCCGCGGGUCCCGGUGCUGCCGCGGGUCCCGGUGCUGCCGUGGGUCCUGGUGCUGCUGGCCCUUCGCGGAGCGGCCGGUGCGCCCCCCAGCUUCGUCCUGAUACUCGCGGACGACCUGGGCUUCGGGGACCUGGGCAGCUACGGGCACCCGUCCUCUGCCACCCCCAGCCUGGACCGCAUGGCCGCCCGCGGGCUGCGCUUCACCAACUUCUACAGCAGCUCCCCGGUGUGCAGCCCGUCCCGAUGCGCUCGGGGGUUUACCCCGGCGUGUUCGACCCCGGCUCGCGGGGAGGCCUGCCGCUGUCCGAGGUCACCAUCGCCGAGCUGCUGAAGGCUGAGGGCUACGCCACAGCCAUGGUUGGCAAGUGGCACCUGGGCCUGGGGAUUAACGGCUCCUUCCUGCCCACCCACCAGGGCUUUGACCACUUCUUGGGGGUGCCCUACUCCCAUGACCAGGGCCCCUGCCAGAAUCUCACCUGCUUCCCACCCAACAUCAAGUGUUUUGGGACUUGCGACCAAGGCUUAGUGCCAGUCCCGCUGCUCUGGAACCAGAGCAUUGUACAGCAGCCGGUCUCCUUCCCUGAUCUGGUGCCACGCUACAACAAAUUCUCACGGGACUUCAUCGCUGACUGUGCCCGACGAGGUGUCCCCUUCCUGCUCUACUACGCCUCACACCACACACACUACCCCCAGUUUGCAAGCCGGGAGUACGCAGGGCAAUCGCGGCGUGGGCCGUUUGGUGACGCGCUCUCGGAGUUUGAUGGUUCGGUGGGAGAGCUGCUGCAGGCACUGCAGGAAAAUGGUCUUGCCAACACGACCUUGGUGUUUUUCACCUCUGACAACGGCCCUUCCACCAUGCGGAUGGCGCGUGGGGGCAGCUCUGGCCUUCUGAAGUGUGGGAAAGGCACAACAUACGAAGGUGGCAUGCGGGAACCAGCAGUGGCUUAUUGGCCAGGCCGUAUUAGCCCAGGAGUGACACAUGAGCUGGCAAGCACCCUGGACAUCCUGCCAACACUGGCUACCCUGGCUGGAGCAGCUCUUCCCAAAGUUGCCCUGGAUGGCUAUGACCUGAGUCCAGUGCUGUUUGGGUCAGGGAAGAGCCCCCGUCAGGCGAUGUUCUUCUACCCGCCGUCCCCUGAUCUGCUGCACGGCGCCUUUGCUGUCAGGCUUGGGAAGUACAAGGCCCACUACUUCACGCAAGGUUCCUUUCACAGUGACACAACCCCAGACCAGGCUUGCCACGGACUGACCCCGCUGACCCCUCACUUGCCACCACUGCUCUUCGACCUGGAGUCAGACCCAGCCGAGAACUAUGAUCUGCUGCAGAGCGGCGCAGGGCCAGAGGUUCUGCAAGUCCUCAAGGAGAUCGAGCUGCAGAAAGUGCUUUUUGAACAGAGCAUGGAGUUUGGGGAAAGCCAGAUAAGGAAGGGCAAGGAUCCUGCCCUGCAGCCCUGCUGCGCGCCGAGCUGCGCUCCUAAGCCUUCCUGCUGCCGCUGCUCCUAGCCUCUCGCUGCCCCAUCAUCCACACUGCAACCCUAUCCCAAACACACCAGACGUGCCCCCAGCCCCCGACUAACCAAGCUCAGCCGCAGAGCUACCCCAGAGCUGUGGCUCAGUGACACCCCUGACUAACGGAGCAGUGGGGUCACGCACUGUGGGCUGGGGACGUUACCAGCCCUGCCAGGAGCGCGGGUCCGCAGACCCUGUGCUCUGUGCUGGGUGAUCAAGCUGCGACUUCUUGACAGAGAAACCCAGAGCUGUUUUGGGAGGGACCAUGCUACAGCAUCAUGUCCAGAGCCAGAAUGACUCCUUUCAAACUGUGACCAAGAUGAAGCCAAGGACACUUUCCAGUGUGCGGAGACCCCAGCUCAGCGGGAGGCACGCUGCGCACCCCUGGCUGGGGACUUGCAGGGCCAAGAGCGCAGCAAGAGGAGGGUGGGCUGGAUGGUCCUGGCACCCGCAGCGGCAGGGCCUGGUGCAGCUGGAGCAGAGGGGACGUGCCUGGGUGGGGAGCAGCGCAGGGUGUGCGUGCUCAGGCACCCGCACGUCCUCUGGGACUGCAGGAGUGGGGAUGCGGCUGGUGGCUGGCGGGUCUGUGGAUGCUGGGGCUGAUCAGUCAGGUGGGCUGCGCCCACACGCCAUCCUCAUGACCGAAAGGGCCUCUCCUCUUGCUCGUGAGCUAGUCCGGCUUAAAGCUCAGAAGUGAAUUGGACGAGCACGGCACUGGAGUUUCCAGCUGCUGGGUCCCUGUGACCUGCGUCCCCUCUGCCAUUGCUGCCCCUGGAGCCACCCCCACCCAGUACAGAGUGGGGCCACCUGGAAAAUGAUUUGGAAUUGCUCUAGAAAAGAAGGUGGGACACAGUGUGGUGAUCAGGUGCAGAGCUGUCAAACAAACCGAACAGCAACUUGCUUAGGUAUGACUGGCUCCUUCAUCCCCGCCUUCUCACCAUUGCCAUGCUCGUACACCCUCCUCAUCUUCCCUGGCCCCUCCCUUUCUCCACCCGUCACCUCCCAAACAAGGGAUCUAUCCCCAGUUUUUGUUCCCCUCCUUGCUCCCAGGUUGCUACAUCUGCGAACGGAUUGGGUGUUUCAGGUGCUGUUUGCUGGUCACCUUGGGCUGCCACGGUGUGACGGGUUCCUGGGUACUGCUGUCCCUGCCAGAUUCCUCUCCCCAGCGUGACCCCAACUCUUCUGUCAGUUAUCUGUGAUGGUGGCCACCUCACGUCAGUCCCCCUUCACCACCUGUGCAACUGGCUCUUAUGGCACUGUACCUCCUCCAGCUUCUCAAUCUGUUUGCCAUGGGCAGCUGUUUCUCGUGCCACGCUCAGGAGUUCCCUGGCUCUGUUCAGGCAGACGAGGCUCGUGCCAGGCCCUGACCACCCGCCCUGUGCCGUACGCAUACCCUCAAAGUUCUCUGCAACUCACAUCAUUUUUUCCAGCCAUGACGUGCCACCCUGUCCGUCCCAUGGUGGCUCUGGGCACCCUCCUCUCUGCCCGGGCACGGUUCCAGCCCUGUGUGCCCCACGCGUCCGCCUGCAGCCUCGUCCUGCAGGGACGGGGAAGGGAGCCCUUGCCUUGCACGGGACGCUGGACUGGACAGAAGCAUGGUUAGCUGUGAAAAAGGGACACUUUAUUUCAAGAACUAAGUCAACUUCAGCAUUUGAGUGCACUCAGCAGAGAGUGGGCAGGACAGAGGUGGCCUUGGGCACUGAGGUGCCUUUGGAUCCACAGACAUGGCCCAGAAGGAAACAGUUGUGCUGCGCUGCAGCCUGCUCUGGAUCUUGUCCAUCCUGCUGAUCAGGCAGUUUUUCCCUUCAGGUACUGCAGGAGCUCCUGCAGCUUCUUAAAGAAUUCCUCCAGCUUCUCGUGUGGAAAUAGACAGGGCUUAAAUGUG